UUUGUCAAUGACGUGUGCCGAUUCUUGACAGCAGAAACACUUAUGGCAGAUAGAGGAAAUAAAGACUCUACACCUCCACCACUUCUACUAAUGCCUGCUGGAGGGGGUUUAACCCUUAAUCCUCCUGAUAAUCAGAAUCUUCUGAUGCCCGUCGUUCAAAGUGAACCUUCACUUCUAGAUUCAGGAACAACUUCACAAGAUGAGUCAAACACAGAUGACCAAGAAGAAGAAGGAGAAGCAGACAGUUUUGUUGGACAAGUACCAGAGCCUAGUAAUAAUCCAUUCCAGAAUGUUGGUGGUUCAGACCCCUUUGCCAAUGUAGGACACAACCCUUUUCCUACAAAACAAAUACCCAGUUCAAUACCACAAAGGUUCAACACUCAGACUCCUCCCCAGAGAUCUAGUCCAGGACCAGGAGGACAAAUGGGAACACCUGGUCAAUUUCCUGGUAUGGGAACACCUGGCCAGUUACCUGGUAUGGGAACACCUGGCCAGAUAUCUGGGUUUGGAACACCUGGACAGAUACCAAGACAUGGUGGGCCACCUUCUGCAGGUUCUACACCAAAGAAUGCUUUUAGGCGACAGGAUGCUGGCAAAAUGAAAUAUGCAAUGCCACCAGAAACAUUAACUCCUGUCCCCAACAUGUUUCAACAACCACCAGGAGCACAGAGAUUCCCAGGGCCAACAUCAAAUCCCCUACCCCCAUCACCAUUCACACCACCAGUGGCUCAAGUAGCACCAACAAUGUCUACAUCAUCAGGGUACAAUGUGGAAUUUCAAGGGGGCUUUAAUGGUCAACAACAACCUGGGUUCAAUGGUCAACAACCGUCUGGGUAUUACAGUUCAUCACAGCCUGCUCCAUAUAAUACAGGGGACCAGGGUAUUUAUCAACCAGUUACUCCACAUUGGUGUUACAGUAAGAGAGUGGAACUAAAGGAAUGUUGGUAUACAUUUUCACUGGUGGACAGUAUAAAACUAGAGGAAGCUUACAAUUCUGGUAAUGACACAAUAGAUAUACCAACUGAUGGGGGAAGAUAUGAUGUCAAUAUAUCACAGAGGACAAAGAAAGCUGUUUAUUGGGAUGAUAUGCCAUCCUCUGUACGCAGGUGUACCUGGUUCUUUAAGAGAGAAUCUGACAGUAGAUAUGUGCCUUAUGAAGAACAGUUUGCCCAGCAGAUUGAGAAUGAAUACAGAAAUGCAGUGUUAAAUAAUACAUGGCAUAAAAGGCUGGAGUUCCCUGGUGGUGAGACAAUAGUGAUGCAUAAUGCCAAUGUGAUUGUUCAUUUCACAGCGUCUUCACAGCCAGAUGAGUGGGGAAUGGUCCAGGGCAUGUCUCCUAUGGUGGGAGAAGGAAUGAGACCAAGAGUAGUAAAAAGGGGUGUAGAAGAUUUUGCAACAAUUGAAGAUGGAGAACCAUCUCAAGUUGACCAUGUGGUAUUUGUUGUGCAUGGUAUAGGAAAAUUCUGUGAUGUUAAAUUUAGAAAUAUUGUGGAAUGUGUUGAUGACUUCCGUUCAAUAUCACUAGAAUUACAGAAGAGCCAUUUUAGGAAGUAUAAGGAUGAGAACAGAAUUGGCCGAGUAGAAUUUCUCCCUGUUCUUUGGCAUUCUGUGUUACAUGGAGAUGCCACUGGAGUAGAUCAGCGGCUGAAAGCUAUAACUUUACCAAGUACUCAGAAACUUCGUAACUUUGUAAAUGAUACUUUGAUGGACAUUCUGUUUUAUACCAGUCCAGUUUAUGCACAGUGUAUAGCAGACACAGUUGGUACUGAGAUGAACAGAUUGUAUCAGCUGUUUUGUAAUAGAAAUCCCAGCUUUCAAGGAGCAGUGUCUGUGGCAGGGCAUAGUUUAGGCUGUUGUGUAUUAUUUGACCUACUUCUUCACCAGAAGGAUGAAGAUAUAGAAGAAACUCACACACAGGAUCAGUAUGCCCCUCCAACACAACCAGAAGUCAUACAACCUGUAGAGACAUUGAAUGGAGAGGUAGAAGAAGACACUGAAGAAGAAUCAGAGAUGACGUUAGAAGAUCUCCUGGCUAAAGUUGGGCUCAAAGAGAAAGUACAGGUGUUUAAAGAUGAACAGAUUGACAUGGAAGCUCUAACGAUGUGUAGUGAAAGUGAUCUUAAAGAUCUGGGUUUACCUAUGGGGCCAAGGAAGAAACUUCAGGGUAUUCUCAAGGAAGAACAACAGAAAAAGAUAAACAAGAAACAAUCAGCAGAUAAAAAGAAGAAAUCAGAAGAAGAAAGGAGAAUUAGACAACAGAUAGAACAGGAAAUGCAUAAACAACAAGAAGCUAGUCAACAAAGUAAUCCUCACAGAUCGUCCAGUAUGACUGUAGAUUAUUUAUUGGGAUCUGCAGGUACUGGUCAACCAUCUGUUAAAUAUCCUCAGUUAGACUUCCAGCCAAAUUCACUGUUUGCUUUUGGUUCACCUAUUGGUAUAUUUCUAUCAGCCAGAGGAGUACAGAACAUCGGGGAAGAUUUCAAACUACCAACCUGUCCAAGAGUAUUCAAUGUAUUUCAUCCAUUUGAUCCUGUUGCCUAUAGAUUGGAACCUCUAGUCAAUGCAUUUACUUCCGGUGUUAAACCUGUGUUAAUUCCACAUCAUAAAGGCAGAAAAAGACUUCAUUUAGAACUGAAAGAAAGUUUAACGCGAGUAGGAGCAGACAUAAAACAUAAGAUAAUGGAAUCAUUGAAGAGUACAUGGAACUCUAUAAAUGAAUUUGCCAAAGCACACAAAUCUUCUCAGUUAUCAUUAGAAGAACAAGUAGAUUCUCAGAUGUCUUCUGUCAUGCAUGACUUAGACGAUGACAAAUCUGAUACAGCUUCUCAAGUGUCAAACUAUGAAGAUGACAUGGUAGUAGGACAGUUAAACGAAGGUCGUAGGAUAGACUAUGUCUUACAGGAACGACCUAUAGAAAGCUUUAAUGAUUAUAUAUUUGCAUUAACUAGUCAUGGAUGUUACUGGGAGUCAGAAGACACAGUUUUAUUAGUGUUAAGAGAAAUAUAUGGACCUUUAGGAAUGAUGCCACAAAUGCCUGGACCAGAUUCAUCUAAGAACAGUUUUCCCUCAGGACCUCCACAGCUUCCUUUAUACAAUAAACCACAGAGUGGUGUUGGACCACCUCCUCAAUUCACACAAGCAGUGCCCCCUAUGGGACAUACUACUAGUGUUCCUCUUAUGUCAGCUGGACUGCCUCAGUCUCAUGAUGAUAGACGAAUGUCUGCACCUCCACCACCCAGCCAUCAUUUUGGUCCUCCUCCAAUGCAAGGAUUUCUUAAGAAAUAAUUUAUUGAAAUAACGCUGUGAUGUUUUUAUUAUUGGUUAAAAGGUAACUGGAAAAUGUUGCUGGAAAAGAUACUGUUUGUUAGUGAUAGUUCUAAUACCGAAUACACUGUAAUAUCUGGCAUUCACAUAAUUUGCCAUAUAUUUUCAAACAUUUGUAAAUAAUAUAUGACAUGUUUUUUUUUAAAACGGAACCCUAAUUAAAUGUGCAAAAAAUUUACAAGGUAGAUGAAGUUUAUGGUUUUAUUUAUUUUGGUAAUCUGUUAUCUGUAAAUUAUUUCCCAGUUUUAUGUUGGUUUUUGAGGCAUAAUAUUGGAAUAAUAAAGUUACCUUGGUAGCAAGAAUUCAUACAAUUGAUGAAUUUAUAUUGGUGGUAAGAAUAUAUUCACUUUAAGUUACACCUACAAUUUUGAGAUAAAUUCAAGAAACUCAUAUUCAGUGAAAUUAUUUGAUAAAAUUGCCAUGUGUAACACAUGGUAUGUAUUCCUGAAUUGAACUGAAAUACUAGUAUGUGUCAUUAGAUUUUUAUUCAUGUCAUGUCAAAUCUGUAAAGAUUUAUUGUUCAUUUUAACAUUGUUUUAAGUUGGUGCAAUAUGUUUUCAUGGUUAGCAUGAUUAGUAUAUAUAAUAUGGAGGUUUAGCAGCAUUAUAACAUUUUUCAGUGAAAUCCUGCUUCAAAAUAAUUUCUCUUGAUACAUUUACAUAUAUAUUAAAUUUUGUGAAUGUUCAUCAUUUCUACAUUAGUCACUGGGUAUAGCCACCAAUAAUUUUCCCCUGCAUGGUAACCAUGGGUGCAUUUCAAAUUUAUUUUUUAAAUAAACCCCUCUUUGAAAACAUAAGCAUUUAAUCUGCAUUUUAUGAUGUAUAAGAAUUUCUGAAUAUUUCCAGCAUGGUGUCAUACAUGUCAUAGUUUAUUUUUGGUUUCCCAUUUACCAAUCAGUUCUGUUUAAAGGUUAUUAUUUCCUUUGUUUUUCUACUGUUUUCUGUUGUAAUGGUAGAGCAUUAUUUUUAUUUAACAUUCCAGUACUAUAGUGGUAUCAUUCUAAAAAAUUGAAAGGUUUGUUUUUGUAGGAAAUCAAGAGUUUUAGUUUAAGUUAUAGACAUUUAAUUGAAUAUCUACAAAAGUGGUGGUUGUCUUUUAAAUAUCAACCAAUAUUCCUAUUUACUAAUGGUCUUUUGAUUGUUAUGUAUAUUUAUUAUAAAUUAAGGUUGUGGUUAGGGAAAGGGCUCAGCAAAAGAUUUAAGUGCAAGUUUAAAAAUGCUCAUCUAGUUUUCUUCUCCUACUCUACAACAUCUAGUACCACGAAGGAAAAGAUAUGAUUACUAGUACCUUCUAGUAAAUACAUACUAUUUAUUUCUGAUAAAUUCACAGUAUCUAAUUAGUCUCUGAGAAAGGUUGUCUCCUGUACAUAAACCAAUAUUCCUUUUCCCCCAAAGGACUUAGUUUGAACAUGUUAUAUAUGUAUUUGUACUAAAGUAAGGUUGUGAGAGGAUUGAGCAAAAGAUUUUUAGUGAAAGUUUGAGAAUGUUUCAUUGCGUAAUAAAUAGAUAUUAAAUAUGAAAUGCAUUAUAAAUGAAAUUUGUGGUAUAUGCAUGAUAUUUGUUAUAAAUGUUUGAGUGAAAUGUACCUGGCAAAUAUUAUGGCAAGACCAUAAUCUAUCAUUGAAAAAUUACAAAAAUAAGGGCAAUUCUAUUAUACAUUCAUUAAAACAGAAAUAUUGUAUCAUUAAACUAUUAAAUCAUGACAAAUACAAUAUUUUGCAUUUUCUCUCUGAUAUUGGCAUUAAAGAGGCUUACUUUUACCAACAAGAAAUGACUCAUUAGUUUAAAUUAUCAUAACUUUUUUCCAUAACAUUUCAAAUUAGUAUGACUGGUUUAAAAAAGGGCAAUUUAUAAAAAAACUUUCUUAAGUCAACAUGAGCAUGGAUGUGUUUAAAUUAUUUAUUGUCUCAACUAAGGAAAGAGGAAAAACAACUUAGGGAGGUCAAUUGUCCUUUCUAUCAUUUUGUACAUUAAGUGACCUUUUCUUACACUGGAAACCUUUUAUAUCCUCCUUUUCAUAACAAGACUCUGUAUGCAUGAACUCCAAUCCCUUCAGGUAUUGCUGAAAAAGUUUUUUUUCAUGUGCAUGUCAUGAUUUUGAGAAUGAAUUAAUUCCCCAUAUCCUUUCUUUUUUCUUUUCUUUGAAUUCCCUGGAUUAAACAAAUGAUACAAAACAUUGAAUGUUUUGAUUGUUAAAGGUGUGUCUUCAUAUGUCAACAUUUUAAGGUGUAUAUAAGUAUAAAUUAUUAAAAUUUUAAUGGUGCUGUA